CAACCACCAUCCUACAGCUGAGCUUGGUUCUGCGGAAAUAUAUACUGCCGCUUUACUCUUUCUUCCCUCUCUAUUCCGUUCACUGCACCUGCAGACAUACAAUCUGCAACACAUCAAUUGGCAUAGUAGCUGCGUUACCCCUCUAUACCCCACACCAUGGCCGACUCCAUAAAGCAGGAGAUCGCAACGAUCGAGAAGAAGAUUGAAGAACUUCAGGCACAGCUGGUUGAUGCUAAGGCAAGGUUACAAAAGAGCCAGAAUGAGACUGCUGCCAACGACGAGUCGGCGAAGCUGUCGAACGAGGAGAAGCUGGACCUGAUCAAGGUCAACUUGAAGGAGGUCUUGAACCCUGAGAUUAUGGAGGCAGCGCUCAAAGAGGAUCGACCACUGAAGGUCUACUGGGGAACCGCUACAACAGGAAGGCCGCACUGCGGAUACUUUGUACCUAUCCUCAAGCUCGCUCAAUUCCUCGCUGCAGGCUGCCAUGUCAAGAUCCUCCUCGCCGAUAUCCACGGCUUCCUCGACAAUCUGAAGGCGCCUAUCGAGCUCGUCAAGUUCCGCGCCGAGUACUACCGCUUCACAAUCACCGCCCUCCUCAAGGCUGUCAACGUGCCCAUCGACCGCCUCGAGUUCGUCCUAGGCUCCUCUUACGAGCUCAAGCCCGACUACAUGAUGGACGUCCUCCGUCUCGCAUCCAUAACCUCGGAGCAUGAUGCAAAGCGUGCUGGUGCCGAAGUCGUCAAGCAGACUGACAACGCACCUCUCUCUGGCCUGCUCUACCCGCUCAUGCAGGCCCUCGACGAGCAGUACCUCGACGUCGACAUGCAGUUCGGUGGUGUCGACCAGCGCAAGAUCUUCGCCCUCGCAAAGGACAUCCUCCCCAAGAUCGGCUACAAGGAGCGCGCCCACUGCAUGAACCCCAUGGUUCCUGGACUGCAAGGCGGCAAGAUGAGUGCCUCCGACCCUGACUCGAAAAUUGACGUCCUCGACAAUGAAGAAAUUGUCAAGCGCAAGCUCAAGAAGGCCCACGCCGCACCCAAGGUCGUGGAAGAGAACGGCGUCCUCUCCUUCGUCGAAUACGUCCUCCUGCCAGCAUCCUACCUCCGCCAUGGCACACAAAAGUUCGUCGUCGAGCGCCGCGAUGCCGAUCCUCUCGUCUACACCGACAUCGCCAAGAUGCAAGAAGACUACAGAGCCGACAUCCUGUCCCCUCAGAUCCUCAAGCCCGCCGUUGUCGACGCGCUCAACGCGCUCCUCAAGCCCGUACAGCAAGAGUUCCAGAACAGCCCCGAGUGGAAGGAGAUCGAGCAGAAGGCUUACCCGCCGCCGCCAGCGGAGAAGAAGAAAGAGAAGAAGGCCAAGAACAAGGGCGCUUUCCACCCAGCCGCCAAGAAGGUAGAGGCCAAGCCCGACGGGCAUGUUGAGGGCGCGGACAAGGCCAAGGUCGAUGUUGGUACUGAGGGUGGGGAGAAGACGAUUGAGAACUUGACGCUUGAGGAGAAGAAGUAAUCGCUAGAUAUCCUGAAGCAUAGAACCAUGCAUGAUGUCUGACGCAGGUGGACGGAUUCCGUUGGUACGCUUCUUUCUUAAAUACAGUGUUGUGCUGCUCCCAUAACCUACUUUUACUUGUCCU